AAAAAAAAAAAAUCUUGUCAACUCAAGUGCUCGUAAGCUCCAGUCUCACAGUUUCUCUUCUCCCAGCUCACAUUACGGCAAGACAAACUGGUCCUACCUGGUGACCACUGAGAGACCAAAAUGGGGUGCUUCUUUUCGAAGAAAUCCAAAAGAAAGUCGGCCGAAAAAGAUGAACGUACACCGACAACAACGACUGUCGAAACUACGACGACAAGCAACGCGGUUCCCCUUGGCAACAACACCGACGAGGCGCCGAAGCAGUACAGCUGGGAUAAGAGAGAAAAGGUUGAUCCCAAAGACUACAUGCUGACGGGGCUCAAAGAUGUCACAGUCGGACGUCUUCCUGGCAAACUGAACGGACAACAGUUUGUCAUCCAGGAGUGCGAGAACUGCAACAUCUACGUGUUCGACCACUCGGCGACCAUCACCAUCGAUGACUGCGUCAAUUGCCGCAUCUUUCUCGGACCAACCAAGGGCAGCAUUUUUUUCAGAGACUGCAAAGACAUAAAGUGCGUGGUGGCCUGUCAGCAGUUCCGCACACGAGACUGUAAAAAGAUGGAGACAUUCUUGUGCUGCGCCACUCAGCCCAUCAUCGAGUCGUCGACGGGUAUGAAGUUCGGCUGCUUUCAGUACUACUACCCGGAGCUGGCCUUCCACUUCAAGGACGCCGGGCUCAGCAUAUUCAACAACAACUGGAGCAACAUCCACGACUUCACGCCGGUUUCUGGGGAGAACAACUGGAGCUUGUUGCCAGAGGCUGCAGUGGUUCUGGAUUAUUUGCCGAUCCCUGACCCGGAGUCUGAAUUCAAGUCUGUCCGAAUCUCCGCUGAUCCAGAACGCAGCAUUGUGCCUUUGACAAAGGGAGGGAGGCGUAAGGAUAGUGAAGAGUCCUGCCUCUUUGUUUUCUUCGCAGGAGAGUACACCACUGCAAACGCCCGCAAACUGAUCGAUGAGGCGAUUGCUAAAGGUUUUGUGCUGAUCCAAACAAAGGAAGUUUCAAUGAAACCUGAAGAUGUGAAGAGAGUGUUUCAGAGCAAUGCAGAGGAUCUCGUGGAGUGGAUCACCAAAGGUCCUGUCAUUGCCCUGGAGCUGAACGGUGACGGAGUCGUGGAAGCCUGCAAGAACAUCGCUAAUGAAGUGUUCAGUGGGACUAAGGUUUUUGUCUCUGAUAACAAAAAUACGUCCUCUCAAGACGUGGACAACUUCUUUAACUUCGCUGACAUGCAGAUGGGCUUGUGAACGAUUAAUUAUCAUAAUAAACCACUCGUCAAGCAUUAGAUCUGAUCUUCUAAAAACCCCCAUCCGUCCAGCUCGGGUUGAGUAUGAGUAGAGUUUGAUUAUUUGCCUGUUUUUUGUCCUAAAAAAAUUAGAUAGCAAUGAAAAGAAUUAAGGACUGUGUUUGAUAAAGCCUUGGAUAAAACAAUUCACCCCCGUCAUCCAACAACAUUAGCUGUAAACCACCUGACAUCCAUUAGUUACUAAGAGUGCUGUGAAUAUUUAUAUUUCUUUGAAUGUAUUUUGUUGCUUUUCAUCGAUUGUGAAUGUGGCUCUCUGCUGUAAAUGUAAGUCAUUUUAAUUUAAAGCUUGUUUUUCUUUACUGUCUGAAACCGUCGUCGCAGUGGAAAAAAACCAUGAGCACAUGAAUGCCUGAGGGAAAAUAUUUUUUAUGUAUAAAAAUCAUAUUUUUAUUGCUUACAAAGAUUUAUUUGUGUAUGUGGAUUAGAUAAUGGACUUGUUUGAAAUGUAUAUUUGAGACAUGCUGUGUAGACAAUAACUACAUCUGUACUGAUAUCUAUUAGGCCAAAGUUGAGUUGUGAUGUUAUGCGAUGUAUCUCGCUGUUCAUGCAGAUGAACUGAUUUUGUUUACACUAAAUUGUGUGAACAUUGUAAAAUUGCUGGGUUUUUGAUGUAGGCAACUCAUGUGAUCAUUUUUAUUUUGUAAUAUUUGUUUUAUACUCUGCUGAAUGUUUUUGUAUAGACACAAAUUAAUGUUCUUUGUCAUAAUUUUUAGUAAAAGUUUCAUUACAAGUGA